UAGUAGCAAUAACAUGGAAGGAACCCUCAAUAAAUUCGCAAUUACUACCACAAAAAAGCGGUCGCCCUUGCCCUUUAGAUAUAGAGGCACAACAGAAAGGAUUCAAAAAAGAUGUCGAAGGACGGAUGAGAAGCAUGGUUUUGGAGACGACAUAGUAAUGAAGAUUCUAAUAUUUCUUCCGGCCAAGUCUCUCAUGCGAUUCAAGUGUGUUUCUAAAGCUUGGAACGCUUUGAUACGAGAUCCAAAUUUUGUCAAGUCGCACAAUGCUCGUUCUCAAGCCCGCAGGUCAGCCAUCCACCUUUUGUUUGAACUGGAAACACCUCCUCUUCAUAAGUAUUCGGCGACUACUUCUGCAACACAGUCACAAUUAGAGGGAUUUUCUUUACAACUCGCGCCUCAUCAUUAUCAUUCCGACACAAGAUCAAACAUGAUUACCUGUUCAAAUCAUUGCAAUGGCCUUGUUUGUGUAAAAUUCAAUGAAGUUGAUCAAGUUUACUUAUACAAUGUCACCACAGGGGAGAUAAAAGCUUUGCCAUUCUCUCUGAUAUAUCAAUACAGGUGGGGUCCUAGAUUGUUUUUGGGAUUUGAUACGAUCGCGGAAAAAUACAAAUUGCUUCAUGUGUUUUACUACAAAAAUCGUCCAACGAUCAAGAUUCUAACUCUAGGAACCAAUUCUUGGAGAGAAAUAAUCCCUGAAAAUUCUUCUCCCAAUGUUUCAUUUAGGGGAUGUAUUUACCUCCAUGGGGCACUUUAUUGGACUGAUUCAUUCCAUCCUAUCAACUACUUCAACAUCAGAGAGGAGAAGUUUGGGAUUGUUUCAACCCCGGUAAUGUUUUGUCUUGGUAAGUUGAAGAUAAUGCUAACUGCAUUGCUGGGAAAGCUGGUUUUUUCCUUCCCAAAAUAUGAAAAGCUGGUAGUAUAUGAUGUGGUUAAAAAGGUUUUCAAGAAAUUCAACCUUAGUCCCAAUUUGGAGAAGAUUGCCUUGCUUGAAGAAGAAAGGAUUGACAAGAUAAAGUUUGCAGAUGUUUUAGCAACUGCGAGCCUUCUUAGUGCCCCAGCUUCUUUGGCCUUCCCUAAAGGUUUUCUGUUAAGUCAUGCUAGCAGAUUUGUUGAGAACAUUACUCCAUUGAAAUUUAUUGAUUUUUAGUGUUAAAAUCAUACAAGAUCUAUCGAGAAUUCGUUCAGUUUCUAGUUUUGUAACUCAACAUUGACAGUUAUGUCUACCAGCUAAUGGAUUGUGCAUUGUUGUUAGAUU